GGCUGGGUGCUCGGCAGCCAUGCCGAAGAACGCGUUAGUCAUCUUGCGCUAUGGGCCAUACAGUGCAGUCGGCCUGUCUGUGGAGUACCGCACCUUCUGCCUAGAGGGCCUGCAAGCUGUAUUGGCCAGAGAUGGACACAACGUCAUCCUAGAAAAGAUAGAAGACUGGAAUGUGGUAGAACUCAUGGUGAAUGAAGAAGUCGUCUUUUACUGCAACAUCAAAGACCUGGAAUUUGGAGGUGAUGGUAAACUAGACCCACUGUGCGAAGAGGCCAGGAUAGCCGUCCUAAACGCCUACUGAUCUCCUCACCCAGACAGGCACCUCAAGUCAACAACACAGCAGCUGCCUCUGGCAAACAAAAGCAGUCAUUCCAGGAUGCUGGGCUCUGACAGUCUAAGGUAAUGCAGGCCUACCCUUCAGCCUGCCCACCAUAAGGUCUCUCACCUGGCUGCGAGGGAACAAGCCCCCCCCCCCAAAAUAAUAAAAGCACAUCAUCAUUUGCAGCAUCUUUCAAUCUCAACCCACAGGGAGAGUCCUCCAAUAU